AUGGCCGAACCCCAGUAUUCCAAGGAAAUGUCUGAGAAGGACCAACGCCCCCUCGAGGCUGCCCAGACCGUUGAAAUCCACGAUCUUGAAAAUCCGACCAAGGGUCGCUGGGAGCGCAGCUGGCCCACAAUUGCCUGCGGCGCGGGUCUCUUUUCCGAUGGCUAUCUGAAUCAGAUCAUUGGCCCUGUCGGCACCAUGCUGCAGAAGAUCUAUGGAGAUGCUUACACCAACUCCUCUGCUCAGCAGAACGUCUCUUCCAUUGUCUUCGCUGGUACUGUGGUCGGAAUGUUGAUGUUCGGCUAUACCAGUGAUCACUGGUCGCGCAAAUGGUCUCUGAUGAUCUCUACUGUGAUUCUUUUCGUAUUCGCAGCUCUUGGUGCCGGUUCCUAUGGUGCCGGUGGAAGCAUUGGUGGCAUGCUCGCUGCUUUGACUGCUUAUCGCUUCUUCCUCGGUAUCGGAAUUGGUGGUGAGUAUCCUGCUGGCUCAGUGGGCGCUGCAGAGAACACCGGAGAACUCAAGGCUGGACACCGCAACCGCUGGUUCAUCAUGUUCACGAACUUCCAGAUCGACUUCGGAUUCGUCGUCGCUGCGUUGGUGUCCAUGAUUCUGGUCCUGAUUUUCACCGAGGAUCAUUUGCGCGCUUGCUGGCGUGUUGCCUUGGGUCUGGGUGUGAUCCCUCCGUUGAGUUUGAUGUAUCUUCGUUUGAAGAUGAACGAGCCCGAGGAGUUCAACCGUGAGCGCAUGCACAAGUUCCCGAUCUGGCUCAUCAUUAAGUUCUACUGGAGGCGCUUGGCUGUGGUUUCCAUCAUCUGGUUCCUAUACGACUUCUCGGCCUAUAGCUUUUCGAUCUACUCUUCGGCCUGGUUGAGUAUCAUCCUAGGCGACAAUGCCCCACUGUGGAAAAGCUUUGGCUGGUCCACGGUCGUCAACCUUUUCUACAUCCCAGGAUCUGCCCUCGGUGCCUUCAUGAGUGAUUGGAUUGGCCCCCGCUAUACCCUCGCGCUUGGUGUCGGCCUCCAGGGAAUUAUUGGCUUUAUCAUGGCUGGGUGCUACAAGUGGUUGGCGACUCCCGAGAACGUUGCGGGCUUCGUUGUCGUGUUCGGGAUCUUCUCUGCUCUUGGUGAGAUGGGCCCCGGCGACAACAUCGGUCUGUGUGCGGCUAAGACCAGCGCGACUGCCAUCCGUGGCCAAUACUACUCAUACGCUGCCGCGUUCGGCAAAAUCGGGGCUUUCGUCGGCACAUACGUGAUCCCAAUUAUCCAGAAGAACGCACCCAAUGCAGUUCGCAAGGGCCAAGAUCCCUUCUGGGUGUCCAGCUCCUUGUGCAUUCUCGCAGCCUUCAUGGCUAUAUUUAUGCUGCCACAAAUCAACCAGGACACCAUCACCCACGAGGACGCCCGGUUCCGCGACUACCUCGAGGCUAAUGGCUACGACACCGCAACAAUGGGCAACCAAGCCCGCCAGAGCGACACCCGCAACCAAGAGUAA